CGGAGCAGCAGCCGGCGUGUCCUCCGUGCUCAGAUGGAUCCGCGCUGGAUUUGGCUGGGCUGGCUCUGUGCGUCUUGUUGCGUUCCGUGCUGCGGUUGCUGAUUGAUGUUGAUGGCUGUGUUGACUAACAUCACUAGUGAGCUACCUCGCACGACGAUAUAGUCGUCACGUAGAAUCCCCGGAAUUAAUCGCUAUGACCGUAGCUGGCAAUUAUCAUGCGAGUGUAGCCAACGGAGGCGAUAUCGAUCGACAGCACUCCCUGUUGUUCGCAGCAAUCAUCCGGUGGAGCUGGUUCCAGACAAUCUACUCACUGGCUAUUGGCCAGGAGCCCUCAGGCCAUGCGGUAUCGUACCCGUACCAUGGAACAACGAAAACGGGUUGUAUCAAGGAUCCGCUGGUGGGAUUUUCGAAGGCUGGGCACAUAAACAUUAAUGAGCCCAUGAUUGACCGUUCGGGCUACCCAGGCACAAGUCACAGGAACAGGCGUGCUGGAGGCGCCAGGUAG